UUUGUUGGAUUCACGCACUGUCAUGGGUGACCUGGGAUGGAUUGCUUUUCCAAAAAAUGGGUGGGAAGAGAUUGGCGAAGUUGAUGAAAAUUAUGCUCCUAUCCACACGUACCAAGUAUGCAAGGUUAUGGAACAGAAUCAGAACAACUGGCUCUUAACCAGUUGGAUCUCCAAUGAAGGGGCUUCCAGAAUCUUCAUAGAACUGAAAUUUACUCUGCGGGACUGUAACAGUCUUCCUGGAGGCCUGGGGACCUGCAAGGAAACUUUUAACAUGUAUUACUUCGAGUCAGAUGACGAGAACGGGCGAAGCAUCAAGGAGAACCAGUACAUCAAGAUUGACACCAUUGCAGCGGAUGAGAGCUUUACAGAGCUUGACCUUGGGGACCGCGUCAUGAAACUGAACACAGAGGUCAGAGAUGUAGGGCCUCUGAGCAAGAAGGGCUUUUAUCUUGCUUUCCAAGACGUUGGGGCAUGCAUCGCCCUGGUGUCUGUGCGCGUGUACUAUAAGAAGUGCCCCUCCGUGGUGCGACACCUCGCGGUCUUCCCCGACACCAUCACUGGGGCAGACUCUUCCCAGCUGCUGGAGGUGGCAGGCGCCUGUGUCAAUCACUCCGUGACGGAAGAGCCGCCCAGGAUGCACUGCAGUGCCGAGGGGGAGUGGCUGGUGCCCAUCGGGAAGUGCGUGUGCCAGGCAGGGUACGAAGAGAAAAACGGCACCUGUCAAGUGUGCAGACCGGGGUUCUUCAAAGCCUCACCUCACAGCCAGACCUGCAGCAAAUGCCCACCUCACAGUUACACCCAUGAGGAAGCUUCCACCUUUUGUGUCUGUGAAAAGGAUUAUUUCAGGAGGGAAUCUGAUCCGCCCACAAUGGCAUGCACAAGACCCCCCUCAGCUCCUCGGAAUGCCAUCUCAAAUGUUAAUGAAACUAGUGUCUUUCUGGAAUGGAUUCCGCCUGCUGACACUGGUGGAAGGAAAGAUGUGUCCUAUUAUAUUGCAUGCAAGAAGUGCAGCUCCCACGCGGGUGUGUGUGAGGAGUGUGGCGGUCAUGUCAGGUACCUCCCCCAGCAAACCGGCCUGAAAAACACCUCUGUCAUGAUGGUGGAUCUGCUCGCUCACACAAACUAUACCUUUGAGAUUGAGGCAGUGAAUGGAGUGUCCGACUUGAGCCCAGGAGCCCGGCAGUAUGUGUCUGUAAAUGUAACUACAAACCAAGCAGCCCCCUCUCCAGUCACCAACGUGAAAAAGGGGAAGAUUGCAAAAAACAGCAUCUCUUUAUCUUGGCAAGAGCCAGAUCGCCCCAAUGGAAUAAUCCUGGAGUAUGAAAUCAAGUAUUUUGAAAAGGACCAGGAGAGCAGCUACACCAUCAUUAAGUCCAAGGAGACCUCCAUAACUGCAAAGGGCCUGAAGCCGGCUUCCGUGUACGUCUUCCAAAUCCGAGCGCGAACGGCAGCGGGCUAUGGUGUCUUCAGUCGAAGAUUUGAGUUUGAAACCACCCCAGUGUCAGUGGCAGCAUCCAGCGAUCAAAGCCAGAUCCCUAUCAUUGCUGUGUCCGUGACAGUGGGAGUCAUUCUGUUGGCAGUGGUCAUUGGCUUCCUCCUCAGUGGAAGUUGCUGCGAAUGUGGCUGUGGGAGGGCUUCUUCCCUGUGCGCUGUUGCCCAUCCAAGCCUAAUAUGGCGCUGUGGCUACAGCAAAGCAAAGCAAGAUCCAGAAGAGGAAAAGAUGCAUUUUCAUAAUGGGCACAUUAAACUCCCUGGAGUAAGAACCUAUAUUGAUCCACAUACCUAUGAAGACCCCAACCAAGCUGUGCAUGAAUUUGCCAAGGAGAUAGAAGCCUCUUGUAUCACCAUUGAAAGAGUUAUUGGAGCAGGUGAAUUUGGUGAAGUUUGUAGUGGACGUUUGAAACUACCAGGAAAAAGAGAAUUGCCUGUGGCUAUCAAAACCCUUAAAGUAGGCUAUACUGAAAAGCAGCGGAGAGAUUUUCUCGGAGAAGCAAGUAUCAUGGGGCAGUUUGAUCAUCCUAACAUCAUCCAUUUAGAAGGUGUUGUAACCAAAAGUAAACCGGUAAUGAUAGUAACAGAGUACAUGGAGAACGGCUCUUUAGAUACAUUUUUAAAGAAAAAUGAUGGCCAGUUCACCGUGAUCCAGAUUGUGGGCAUGCUGAGAGGCAUCGCGGCAGGCGUGAAGUACCUUUCAGACAUGGGCUACGUGCACAGAGACCUCGCUGCCAGAAACAUCUUAAUCAACAGCAACCUUGUGUGCAAGGUGUCUGACUUUGGGCUUUCCAGGGUGCUGGAAGAUGAUCCUGAGGCAGCCUACACCACACGGGGAGGCAAAAUUCCAAUUAGAUGGACGGCCCCAGAAGCCAUAGCUUUUCGAAAGUUCACCUCGGCCAGCGACGUGUGGAGCUAUGGCAUUGUGAUGUGGGAAGUGGUGUCCUACGGAGAGCGGCCCUACUGGGAGAUGACCAAUCAGGAUGUGAUUAAAGCUGUAGAGGAAGGCUACCGACUGCCAAGCCCCAUGGAUUGUCCCGCUGCUCUCUAUCAGUUAAUGCUGGAUUGCUGGCAGAAAGACCGAAAUAGCAGGCCCAAGUUUGAUGACAUAGUCAGCAUGCUGGACAAGCUGAUUCGCAGCCCAAGUAGCUUGAAGACACUGGUGAAUGCAUCGAGCAGAGUAUCCAAUUUGUUGGCAGAACAUGGAUCCCUAGGGUCUGGAGCCUAUAGGUCAGUAGGUGAAUGGCUAGAAGCAAUCAAGAUGGGCCGCUAUACAGAGAUUUUCAUGGAAAAUGGAUACAGUUCAAUGGACGCUGUGGCUCAGGUGACCUUGGAGGAUUUGAGGCGUCUUGGAGUGACUCUUGUCGGUCACCAGAAGAAGAUCAUGAACAGCCUUCAAGAGAUGAAGGUGCAGCUGGUAAACGGGAUGGUGCCAUUGUAAUCUCUUCCACUGUUACAUCUUCAAGUGAAUGAUUCUGCACUUUGUAAACAGCCCUGAGACUUAUUUUAACAGAAAGGGAGAAAAAGGGAAAACUGUGAUUUCUGAACCUUAGGCAAUCAUCUGCCUCAGCCGCAUAAUUUGUAAUCAGUGUUUUACUAAAGUCUCUGAAUCUUCCUCUUAGUGUUUUCAUCUUUUAUGAAGCAACUAUAACCUGAGUAAAUAACAACACGAGGGUAAACAUUAUCUUACGUUACAGUAAUAGCAAAGUCUUUCUCACUACUCCUACAAAAUUUUGUAUAUGACAUAUAUAAAUAUAUAGUACCUUCAAAGACUGAAUUUAAGUAAGCCCCAUUUGAAACUCCCAGGGAUCUAUUUGAAAGGAUAGAUUUUAUAGCCAUGUGUGGGCUAAGAAAAGCUGCAGUUUAUGCAAGUUACUUCAAGUCUUAAAUGUCUGCAAAAGUGUAUCGAAGAGCAAUAUGAUUAGAUUCUUAAUACAGAUCUUCUUUUGUAAUUUAAAAAUACUAUUACAUGGCAUUAAGUUAUAGAAACUAGUUUAUAAACAAUGUUGCUUGAUCAAGGAAAAGUACAGCACAGGGUGUAUAUUUAUUUUUCUGUGUUAUAAAAUUUACUUUUAGUUUCUCUUCUAGAGACAAGUAAUAAAUCUGUAUAUACUGUAUAAUUUUUCAAUAUACCCAGAAACUGACAAGUUGGAGUUGUGUGUGCUUGCACAUGUGUGUGUUGUCAUUCUGCUUGCCUUUUUAGUAAUGUUUUAAUUUUAAUGACAGAACAGAACAGUGUUCCAGAGUAUAAUGUGAAUGAGAUAUAAGAAAGCAAAGAAAGAAAAUUUAACAAAAGCUGGUAUCUCCUUUUCUCUCAUGUAUCCAAAAGCUACUAAGCUCUUUAUUCACUAACAGGAAAUGUCUGUAAGAUUAUAUCGGCUUUAGCUUUUUAAAACACUUUGUAAUAUCUGUGACAAUACAGUUCUUCUAGCCAUUAAUCUUGCAGUCCUGUAAGAAAUUUCACCUUUCUGAGUCCCACAGAAUAUCUUGUCAAGCAGAGUUGACACAAAAGAGCGCUUUUCCAGUGAGAUGUAAGAGAAUUUAGCCACGCUAGAUUCUGUUACCGUUGCUAAAUCCAGGCACAUAGCUCUAAGAGUCACCUUUACAUGUUAAUCCUUUGGAACCAUUUCCAUUCUGGCUCAUCUCUAGAAAUUUUGAUGCUAAGGUAGAAAUAGAAUGAUGAAAAAUAGAUGAAUGCACUGAUAGAUAUUUCUUUUAUAAUCUGGUAGAAAUGGAAAAGUGAAAAAUAUAUGCAUAGUUUUGCUUUAGAAUCUUGUUUCAAGACUUGACAAGAAUGACUUGUUGAUGGGUCUUUCAUUUUGUGUUCCAUUAUGUAGCACUGAAUUUAUUUUUAUGGGUCAGUCCAAAGUAUGAUUUCAUUGGACUUAUUAAGGAAUGGAAGAUAUAUCCUCUGUAUGUUCCAUAUGCUACACUGUGAAAACUGAUAUUUGUGAUAAAAAUAUUAACAGUUUAUUUGUGGUUGUACAAAACUGAGCUCCUUAGGGAGAUGAACAAAUAUUUUGUAUCAUUACACUUUAUAAGAUUAUGGACUGGAGUGUGAUAAGAUAUCACCUACUCCUGAUUUUCAGGGGUAAAGCAGAGAAGCCUGGGCUAUGAAACCCAUAGAAAAUGUCCGUGUGUUAUGAAUGGCACUCUUUUCCCUAAGCACUGGUUUGUAGAUAGGUUAGCAUGUGUAAGAGUAAAAUUGGGGGAAUAAUUUAUUUCCAUUCUGCACACCCUUUAUGUAAACAAUGAAGUAGCUCUUUGCUAAAGAACAAGAAACCACUACAACAGUGAAAAAGAAAACAACAUGCUCUGCACACUUUUCAAACUCUGUUGAGUUCCAUUUCUGUAACCUAUCACGAGCCGACACAAACAAUGCUUCACUUGUACUCAGUUUAGGGAAAUUUCCACAGAAAGGUGAAAGAAGUAUUUCAAUAUCAUGUGAUAAAAAUCACAAGUAAAUAGGCAUCAUCACUGUUAAAGAUGCAUUUGUUCAUUUCAGUAAACAGAAAAUUAUUGAAACUAAUUCCUCUUGUAUGAAAUAACUGGAUAUUGUGUUGUACUUUAUUCAGUUUUUGUAAAAAAAGUUAAAAAUGAUAAAGUAACAAUUGAGAAACUUCAAAAUAAGAAUAGACAAUGAUUUAAAAUGAAAACCACCACAUUUUAGAGCUAAUUGACUAGUCACAGGUGCGUAGCUCUAAUGAAAGUACUGUUAAAAUUGCAUUCCAUCUUCCCAAAAGAAUAUAAAUGUGGAUCCAAUUUAUUUACCCCCCCCUUGUAAUUCUAGUGUUUACUUGGGAAAAUAUAGUAAUUCAAAAUGAAAGUUAAAUAACUAUGAAGCUUUAAUCUAUGUCUCACUUUGAGCAUUGCUACAAGUGUCAAUAUAAUUUUAGAAAAGAAAAAGAUUUUCCAAUAAGAUAGACUUCAACCCCACGUGAAAAAAUGCCUUCUAAAAUACUUGUUCACCACAAGAUGUGUGACCAUCUGGAAAGUGCCUAUCUAGAUGCAGCUGUGAGCAGGGCAGCAAGGGGCAGCUCUCCUGAAAUACACUUAGACGGUGUGCAGCCCAGGACAAACAUUGUGUUGAUAGUUUCACACGAUUGUGUGAUUCUUAUCCUACUGGCUGAGAUAGUCAUACACCAGACUACCAAAAUUCAAUCAUAGAUUUGAUAAUUUUAGCGCAUACUAGAGAUAUGUCAAAUGAUUGGUAGCUGUUUUUGUAAUUAUCAGUUGCAAUAUUUUUUGGCAUGAAUCUCAGUGUUGAACCUUGAAAAACAAGUACAAGCAGGGAAUUGUUUUCAACUUACUGGUAACUGUUGAAGUCACUCAAUUGUUAAUUUAAUAAUUCUUUGUGUCUAAUCUUACCAUUUGCUUCUGUGCACUAUGUCAUUUAAACUGUUGCUUUUUAAAAAUGUGUUCACUGUAUGUAGAAAUGUACAGAUUUUGCUUUUCCCAUUUAAAAAAAUUAAUGUACAUGAUCUUUUAUUUCUUGUAUUUUGUUCACCAAGUCAGUUUUCUAAAGUUCUAGGUUCACUGCAUCUUGGGAUAGAGGUGUAGCUCAGUCCUAGAGUGCUUGCCUGGAGUGCACAUAGGCUUGGAUUCAAUCCCCAAUACCACAAAACUGUAUCAAUAAUUUAUCUAGACUUAAACAUGGCCAGCAUUAUCAUGUUAACAAGGAAGGAUAUCCUUAGAUCUGUUUGGAAAAGAAUUUUAACUAGUGUGCAUUGGUGAGGAUGCUGUUCCACCUCUCAAGCUCAAAAUGAAAUUUUAAUAUCAGUUGAGCACGUAUAUGUUCGCAUAUCCGGUAUUUAAUUUUUGUGUGAAAGUAAAAGGUUUCCACACCAUUCUUUCUCCCACUUGAAGUGGGUUUUCAGAGCACAAGCACAGAUGAUUUCCCUUUGGAAGGGUAUUUUCCCUGUAAUGGUGCGUUGAAUGGCAAACACUCUUUGGGUAAGAUAUUAAAAAUUUAAUAGAAGUAGAAUAUUGUGUGGUAGAAUGAUAUCUUUUCCUCAUUUUGUUCUUUCUAAACAUAAGAAGAAAGCUAAAUGUGAUAGUAAAUUUUCUUUGUUAUGUCCUGCCAGAUGUUGAAAGUAAAUUAAAAAGUAGGUACAA